CCGUCAACAUUACUUCAGCCUCACACUUAUGUUUUUCUAUCGCGAAUUAUACAACAAUGCCUACCACAGAGAAUCCUAACCGAUUUGAAUACAAUACUGUACGGAAAACGCGAUUCUUUGAUGCCUACAACGCGCUUCCGAAAAGGUCUUCUUUUAACAACAGUUUUUGUAAAAGAGAUGGAAUAGAGAUCCCUCCAUCAACAGGUCGAACUUGGCUUAAUAUACAAUGCAAAGAGUAUGGUCGAGCCGCAUAUCGAAAGACUCGUAAGCUUAGUACACGUCUCGGACAGCCCUCUAGAAUAAGCGAUUCAGAUAUCCAUCGCUUAUUAAACCCAUCAAAUCCUCUCCGUUACCAAUGGUACGAUGAACAAGCCCUCGAAUUCAAUGUUAAAGGGAAAAAGUACAACGAAAUGUAAAGAAAUGGGCGGGAGAUCAACGAUUUCGAAAGCCCUAUAUUACAGCCAUCUCCCCGGCGAAUAAACGAAGAUGGGGUCUCAUUUGGUCAACGAACAAUUCGUGGAUAUAUUAGUGAAGUGUCUCAGCGUUGUAAAAAGCUCAUCGAGCUAAAAAGAGGCCGAAUUCGCUCUGGUAAGUGGCGUGAGUGGUAUUAGGAAA